AUGCGGGCUCCAUGGACGUUUGUUUUUGCGUGGAAUAUGCUACAGCCAGCCGUCGCGACCGCAGAUACUUUUACGAAAGAUAUCGCGGCAACAAACAUACCGAGCUUCGUGUUGGAAUAUGCGCCUCUUGUAUGGCUGUAUAGCCAAGAAGCGUACAUGCCAUUCGACAUGGGACAGCAACUUGUACAUACUACGCCAAUGGUUGACCAUAAACCAAUCCAAGGGGUCCAGUCACCCUUGACUCUUGAUAACCUCGACAGUUUGAACAGUCUGGGCAACACAAGCGUUUACUUGACAUCCAAGGAAGGUAUCAACGCUUCUCCGCAGCCAGCGUGGUUCAAUGGCAUCGCUCCAGAUCAACAGGGUAAGACGAACGGUGCAGUCUCCUCAACGAUUAUUAUUCGUGAUCACAACAAUGGGACGGUGGAUGCCUUUUAUUUUUACUUCUAUGCGUAUAACCAAGGAAACACUGUCCUCGGUAUGGAAUUCGGUGAUCACGUCGGGGACUGGGAGCACAAUAUGAUCCGAUUUUCGAAUGGGAGCCCCCAAGCGAUUUGGUAUAGUCAGCAUGCUGGAGGACAAGCCUUCACGUACGACGCGACUGAGAAACAAGGCAAGCGGCCAUAUGCAUACUCGGCAAAAGGCACGCACGCUGUUUACGUUAUGGCGGGCUAUGAUGCCGACAGCGGAACCUUUCGGCCUUAUGACCCCAGCUACCCUGUUAACUGGUUGAACUUCAACGGCCAGUGGGGAGAUGAUGCAUUGCCGGGUGGGCCUGAGCUAUUUGGUCAGAAGAAGUACAGCGAGGGACCAAAUGGACCGAAAUUCAAGAAGCUUGUUCGUGACCAAGUGUGUCCGGACAACCCAUGCAUAGUUCUCCCAUUUCGAGUGUGGAGAACAGCAUCUGCAGAGCAAGAGUGA